AUGAAGAAAUAAGAUUGGAAAUUCAUGUAAGUAUUUGGUGACAAAGCCUCAUCUGAUAAUGUCAGUGAUGAAGACAUUAUUUCAGCAGUUCAAUUUGAAAGGACAGGGAGAUUUUUAGGAUUGGGAGACAGAGCAGGACGUUUAAUAGUUUUUGAAGUUCCUCAAACAAAGAAGAAAGAUAAAGCAGAAUAUCAAUAUCUGACUGAACUUCAAUCUCAUACUAGAGAGUUUGAUUUCUUAAAGAGUACUGAUAUAGAGGAAAAGAUCAAUCAAAUUCAGUGGUUGAGAGGACAAGGCAAAAACAUGUACGUUCUAACUACUAAUGAUAAAACAGUCAAGUUAUGGAAGAUCAGCGAAAAGAAUGUCACUAAAGUUAUUAAACCAAGUGGAAAAGAUUUAGCUAUGCCAAAACUAUAGGUUGUUGAAAGUGGACUCAUUCCUAGUGUGAGGAAAGUAUUCCCAAAUCUACAUAAUUACCACAUUAAUUCAUUGACUGCCUCAAACAACGAAGAAUUUGUUUUGACUUCAGAUGAUUUGAAGGUUUAUUUGUGGAGUGUUGAACAACCAUCCAAGGCUUUUGUAGCUGUAGACUUAAAACCAGAGAAUUUAGAUGAAUUGAGUGAAGUGAUAACAUCCUCUACUUUCCAUCCAACAUUGGAUAAUUAAUUCUUGUAUACUACCAGCAAAGGAAUCAUCAAACUAUGUGAUAUGAGGAAGUCAGGCAUUUGUGAUAAUACUGCUAUUACCAUGGCUGAACCUGAAGAUCCAGCCAAGAAGAAUUUCUUUACAGAAAUUGUCACAUCCAUAUCUGAUGCUUGUUUCAGUCGAAAUGGAAAAUACAUUUUUUCAAGGGAUUUCCUUACUGUCAAAGUUUGGGACAUUGCCAUGACCAAUAAACCAGUUGCUACUGUAUAAGUCUUUGAACCACUUAAAUCUAAAUUAUGUGAUCUGUAUGAAAAUGAAUGCAUUUUCGACAAAUUUUCAAUUGCAUCCACUCUUGACUCUAAUAGCUUUAUUACUGGUAAUUUUAAUAGUACCUUUCAUGUUGUAGAUAGAAUGGGUGAAUGCAAUUAAUAAUACGAACUAAAUUUCAAUAAGAAAACUAUUGUGAGAUAAAUCCCACCUAAGUACUUCGAGAAUUUGGGAUCAUCCUAUGAUUUCAAUCGUAAAGUUUAGAAAUUGAGUAUGUGCCAAACCUAGAAUCUUGUUGCUAUCGCUUGCCUCAAUUGUCUCUAUUUCUACACAGCAUGACAAUUACAUAUUUAUCCAAUUAUAAAUAUAUUAUAUAUAAAUGC